CGUGAAAAGUGAUCAGCUGAUUUUUGCGUGCUCAAAAUGGUUUUUUCUCGCAGCCCGAGCCGUACUCCCCCGCGCAGCUACCGGAAGCACCGCAGCGACCGGAAGGAUCGUCGAAGCCACCGGCGCAGUUCUCGGCACCGACGCCACCGACGCAGUGUCAGCACCUUUUCGGGCUCGUCGUCCGGUUGUUCCUCGUGCUACAAUCGCCACCGGUCACCGCUGCCGGAAAAGGACCGUCCGGUUGAUCCGCCGCCGUCGACCUGUCUCGGCGUGUUUGGCCUCAGCAAUUACACCCAGGAGGCGGACCUGAGGACCGUGUUUGGCCGGUUCGGAUUGAUCGAGAAGGUGCAGAUCGUGUACGAUGCCAAGACGAAGGCGUCCCGCGGGUUCGGAUUCGUGUACUUUGUCAACCUGGAGGACGCUUCCGCAGCCAAGGUGCAGUGCAACGGAAUGGUAAUGCACGAGCGAACCAUCCGGGUGGACUAUUCCGUUACGGAGCGACCCCACACGCCCACGCCGGGGAUUUACAUGGGCGAGCGGGAGGAUCGACGACGCCGGAAGCACCGGAGUUCGUACAGCUAUCGGGGAAGGAGUUAUGAUGACGACUACCAUCACGGACGUUCCAGGCGCAGUUCGUCGCGAUCCCAUCGGCGCCACCGCCGCUCUCGGCACCGUCACCACCGCCGUCGUCGAAGCCAUUCCAGAAGCUUUUCGCGCAGCCGAUCCUGGUCGAAUUCCUCCCGGGAUUAAGCAGCCUGAAGCGAUACAUUACCACUUGUUGACUGGAGAUUGUGAAGAUUUCAUCAUACUUAUUAAAACAAUUUUCUUAAUUUAUUUGAUUGUUGAA